AUGUCUCAUGGAUUGAUUCUCUAUUCUUUAGAAGCGCAAGUUUUUGUACUGACCCCAGUCAGUCCGAUUCAAGCUCAAGAUGGCGAUAACAUUACACUAAAUUGGGACUAUCAUUCUGGCUUUCACACACUGGGUCUUGCUCAGUGGGAGACUAUGACCUCGGGGGGUACCUUGGAAACCAUCAUUUAUUUAUCAUCGAAUUACAAAGGCCGCGUGUAUGUGACGAGCAAAGCCUCUCUUUCUUUUAUUGACGUUAAAGUGGAUGACACCGGGCGAUAUGGUAGUAAGUUGACGUUUGGAGACGCAACAAUUUCAAAUUCCACAAUACUUGAAGUAUCAGGUAGACGACUGUUUUUCUCAUUAACCUAAGCUAAGUUCAUGCCGAUAAGAAACCGGGCUGAACGAGGCAGAUUAAUUACUCAGGGUGUUGCAUCAUCCCACGGUCCUCGCUUUUCGUCGAGGCACUGUUACAAAAUACUUCAAGUAGUCUACAUCUGCAUCUGUUGAGCGUAAAUAGUGUUAUUGGUAUCGUAUUGUCGUCUAUACUCAUGUGCAUGGUAUCCACAUGACACGCUAAUAAAGCGUGCAUUUACAGAUUUUGGUCCACUGAGUAAUUUCGCUCGUUUAUGAAUGAGGUCGUUUUUUCUCUCAAUUCAUCUCCCUCUAUGGAAAAUAGCACUUUGCUCAAACUUGAUUUAUCAUUCGGAACAAAGUUCUUCGUUGAAGUUUUCUAACUUCCGACUUGGCCAAUUGUGGCUUAUGCAUGAUUAACUGAAGGCUAAGAAACAUUUAAAAGAAGGAAAAACUAAUAUAGUUAGAUUAUGAUUUUUUUCCCUUUAACAAUGUUGUUCUCCUCAUAUGAUAGAGCGCUGGUAGAAAUUGUAACAUGCAUGUGCUCUCUCAACAUCAACGUCAUCUCCUAGGUAUAUCGAUCACAACUAAUCCAUGCUAUGUCGGUCUGUUCAUCUCUUAAGCGAGACCCAUUACAGACAUAUCCCCCACAGCUGAUGGUACUGCUGAUGACAACACGAUUAAUACGCAUCCAGUAUAUCUGGCCUUUGUUGCCGUGGUCCUAAUCCUAAUUAUAAUAGUUGUUGUCUACUUUUUCCUCACGCGUAAAAAAAGAGGUGAGCUCGUACACCUUCCCUCGUAAAGACCAUUAAAACCGUCUGGCUAAAGUAGGUCAGUGGUUUGGAUUUUGGAUUUGGACGAAAAGGGUGUUGGGGGGCUUAAGAUUGUUGAUAAAACUGUUUCCCAUUUCUCUCAUGGGGGUUUGAUUCUGUCCCCACCCUAUUCGAUAUAUAUGCAAUGCAACAUAUAUCUUAAGACUGACAAAUGAUGACUUACAAGGAAAAGGUUAAUGAUUUAAAUGAACUGACAAUCUUAAUCUUAUUGUUGUUUCUCAACAAUGGCUCUUACCAAUAGGAAGUAAGUAUUACGCCUGUGUCGGCUUUCUCACCGGUAGUGUCCCAUCUUCCAUUCGCAAGUUUGCCGACAAUUUUAAUUUGAUGACCUCUGUCUUAAACUGUCAUUCAUAACAUGAUGGGCUUGUAUACUUCUCCUGAUAUUCAGCACGCCUUUAGUCACUCUAAUUCAGUCUUUACAAUCCUAUUUUAGUCACAGUUCUGUUCCGUUUCAACCACUCUGAUUGACUUGAUAGACUAUGAUGUUAGCAAGAAUACGAUGACAAGUAUGUUGUUAUCUCUUUUCUUCUCUUCUAGCAAAAAAUGAAAGAGAUAGACUGGAUACGAAUAUGAUUGAAAUGGUAAGAAUAGGAUAAGAUUUAUCUUUUUUUUCGGGAGGAUGUCCCCUAGGAAAAUUCACAGGAUGAUAUCAAGCACGUUCCUCUAAACAAUUUUCAUUGCAAAUUAUACUUGUAUUUGAAUUAAUGGCAAGACUUUGGUUUUUCUCGCCACGAAAAUAGAUGGUGUCGAAGGGCCUUGGUUUUCAAGGGGAACGGGGGGGAUGGGGGGGGGGGACAGUUAUCUCUUAUAGAGUUUUUUGCCGGUAGUAGGACUAUGUUUCAUUGACUGCCAAUCAAGGGGAAUCAUUGGCAUACGAAAGGGCCUUAUUGAGGCAGUGGCUAAGUUUUAUAACAACGAGCCAAAAUCCUCCGUCCUCACCCUCCCUCCCCCCCACAGCUCCUCUCAAGCUAUGAACGAUGACAAGGCUAAGUCUUGGUGUGUUGUACUUUCUCUGUACAAAACCCACUCUCUCAAAAUUACAAGUACCCAAACGUAGACGCAGACUCAGGACGCAACUUCUGAUCCAAUUAGUUCCUCUGACGAGGUGAUCCGCUAAGAAUACUCAGUGAUUCCUCCUAUACUUCCCUACCCGACCGAAAAGGACUGGGAAUUACCUAGAGAGAAUCUCGUGUUUGUGAAGGUGAUUGGCAGGGGAACUUUUGGUAAAGUGGCUCGAGGAAUGGCAAAGAGAAUAAAUGACAACAAGGAAAACGUGCUUGUGGCUAUCAAAAUGUUAAAAGGUUUGUUUAGGUUUGUCAGAUAGCAUGAGUGUGUAGACUUAGAAAUUCUUCCAUCGAGCUAAUUCACGGUAAAUUUGAUUAAGAAUGGAGGAAGAAAUUUGGGGACGUGAAUUGCUGUUUUUUCUUUUCUUGUUCGUUUGAUUUUACAUUUCGACGAUAACGUAUUCAAAACAUCAGAGUUUUUUUCUAGUACCCGAACCAUUCAUAAAAACCCGUUGUUUAUAUUGAUCUAUGGUAGAAAAUGCCACCGACGAGAAAAGACAGGAUCUCCUCGCUGAACUAAACAUGAUGAAGAACCUUGAACCGCAUCAAAAUUUUAUUCAGUUAUUGCGCUGUGUCACCAAAUCU